UUGAUUUAGCAUUUAGAUAUUUUACGUUAGGCAGCGAAUUGCUUCAAAUUUCAUUUUCUUAUAUAACCCAUCAAUGGCUUCAUCGAUGGCUACCAUUAAAGUGGGCGUCAAACUUCUCAGUUAAUCGCUUCCCUCCAUUAUUCUAUCGAAUCUUUUUCAGCCGUUUUCUUACUUUUUCGUUUCCGCGUGAGAAAUUGCGAGGGAACUACUCAGAACAGAGCAGAACACUCUCGAGCCCCUUCUUGUCUUAUCUAUUAUAUAAGGUUAAUCAGGUUCUAGUUCAUCCUCUCAUCAUUGCACAAUGAGGAACGCCCAGACCCAGUUUGCCGUUGCCUUUUUGGUUCUAUCGCUUGCCAUUAAUGUUUCUCACGCCAAACAAAUUAAACCCUUCUUCGAUUUCAUUGAGUUUGAUGACUUUCUUAACAAAACCCAACAAUGGAAAACGAGUUUUCGUCUCCAUUUCCAUCAAACCCAGUUGCCGUUUUCGCCUCCCAUUGUGAUUGCCGGAGUUCUCUGUUUUAUCGCCGCUUCUUUAUCCAGCGCCGGCGGGAUUGGCGGCGGUGGGCUUUACAUACCUAUUUUGACGAUUGUGGCUGGUGUGGACCUCAAAACAGCGUCUAGCCUCUCGGCUUUUAUGGUCACUGGAGGGUCGAUUGCGAAUGUAUUUAACAGUUUGUUCUCUAAAAGAUCCAAAUCAGAGGGGAAGUGUUUGAUUAACUUUGAUAUUGCUCUUUUGACUGAACCGUGCAUGUUAUUGGGAGUGAGUAUUGGAGUUUUAUGUAACCUUGCGUUUCCUGAGUGGGUUACUACUAUUCUGUUUGCCAUUUUUCUUGCUUGGUCGACUUUGAAAACAUGUAAAAGUGGGAUGGUGUACUGGAAAAUGGAAACAGAAGAGCAUAGGAAUAAUGGGUGUAAUUUGGAAGAUGCAUUAGAGAAUGAAAAUGAAACCAUAGCUUUUGAAGAGCCUCUGUUGCCUACACAGAACGAUCCCAGAUUGAGGCUUCCUUCAAUGAAGUUAGGGGCCUUGGUUCUUGUCUGGUCUUGUUUCUACCUUAUUUAUCUUCUUCGUGGCAACCGCGAUGGACAGGGUCUUUUACCGAUAGAAACGUGUGGAACGGGUUACUGGGUUAUCUCUUCUCUCCAAGUUCCAGUGGCCAUAGCUUUCACUCUCUGGAUUCUUCACAAACAGAAGGGUCCUCAACCUGAAGAUUCCCCACAGAAGGAGCUAGAAGAAGCACGGCCUGCAGUUGAACCAUCAAAGAAACUGAUCUUCCCAGUAAUGGCACUUUUAGCUGGGAUUUUGGGUGGCAUGUUUGGAAUUGGCGGUGGCAUGCUUAUAAGCCCUUUCCUUCUUCAAGUUGGAAUAGUUCCAGAGGAAACGGCAGCAACUUGCUCCUUCAUGGUGUUCUUUUCGGCUACAAUGUCAGCUUGCCAGUAUUUGCUGCUGGGAAUGGAGCAUGCUGAAAUUGCAGUGAUCUUCGCGAUCGUCUGCUUCAUUACCUCGGUGCUCGGGUUGGUAGUGAUUCAGAAGGGGAUUCGUGACUAUGGAAGGGCAUCUCUCAUCAUCUUCUCAGUUAGUAUAGUGAUGGCUUUGAGUACUGUUUUGAUGACCACAUUUGGUGCCCUCAAUGUUUUGAGUAAUUACAUUGCUGGAAACCCUAUGGGAUUUAAAUCUCCUUGUUAAAACGUUUUCUUCUCUCCAUGCACAGUUCAUUGCCUAAUUUAAUGGUUACAGAGAAUCUGAGUGAAUAUAACAUAGGAGAAUGCUUGAGUUCA